UCUCUCUCUCUCUCUCUCUCUCUCUCUCUCUCUCUCUCUCGAUCCCGAUCACGAGGAGGAAGGAACAACAAGCGAGACAGCGGCGGCGAUCGAGGAUGCCGGACACGACGGACGACGUGGCGGAGGGGAUAUCGUUCCAGGCGUUCGAGGACGACUGCCGCCUGCUCGGCAGCCUCCUCCACGAGGUGCUCCUCCGCGAGCUCGGCCCGGGCUUCGUCAAGCUCUUCGAGCGCAUCCGCAUCCUCGCCCAGAGCGCCAUGACGAUGCGCGGCGCGGGGAUGGAGGACACGGCGGCGGUGGUGGAGCGGCAGCUGGAGGCGGAGCUGUCCGCCAUGUCGCUCGAGGACUCGCUCUCCCUCGCCCGCGCCUUCGCCCACCACCUCAACCUCAUGGGCAUCGCCGAGAGGCACCACAGGGUCCGCAAAUCACGUAGUGAAGUGCAUCUGUCAAAAUCAUGUCACGAUAUAUUCGACAAGUUGAUCCAAGGCGGCGUUCCUCCAGAACAACUCUAUGAUACUGUCUGCAAACAGGGGGUUGAAAUCGUUCUUACGGCGCAUCCAACUCAAAUAAAUCGGCGAACCUUGCAAUACAAGCACCUUAGGAUAGCCCAUCUUUUGGAGUUCAACGGACGGCGUGAUCUUAACUAUGAGGAUAGAGAGAUGCUAAUAGAAGACCUGGUAAGGGAAAUCACAGCAUUAUGGCAGACAGAUGAGUUGAGGCGCCAUAAACCUACACCAGUUGAUGAAGCUAGGGCUGGCCUUCAUAUUGUGGAACAAUCUCUCUGGAAAUCGAUACCACGCUAUCUUCGCCGUGUCAGCAAUGCUCUAAAGAAGCAUACUGGCAAGCCUCUUCCACUAACCUGCACACCAAUCAAAUUUGGUUCAUGGAUGGGUGGCGACCGAGACGGGAAUCCUAAUGUCACAUCAAAAGUGACUCGGGAUGUUUCCUUGAUGGCCCGUUGGAUGGCAAUUGACCUGUACAUCCGACAACUAGACAGUCUCAGCUUUGAGUUAUCCAUCAAGAAAUGUAGCGAUAAGCUUGCAACCUUAGCCAAUGAAAUCUUGCUCAAAGACUCAGAGUCGACAUCCGAAGAGAAGAAGGCCAAUCCUUGGACCAAAACAGGACCAGAAAACAACUUAAAACGGCCGCCUAGGAUGGGGAUGCCUGCUCAGCUUCCUUCUGGUGCUGAUCUUCCAUCAUUGACAGAAUGCAGUGAUAGCGAAUCUCAAUUCAGAAUAGUAAAACUUCCAUGCAACCCGAAACAUCAGGGAAUCCAAAUUCCAACAGAAAGAAGUGAGGAGAGUCACAGUCCAGUGCAGUCUCCUGGUCGUCGUCCAUCAUCAUCACAUAUGAGUCGAACUCCAAGUGGUAGUCAACUAAGGAAAAUGUUGUUCACAGAAUCUAAGAUAGGCCGGUCAAGCUUCCGAAAGCUUCUAGAGCCAAGCCUAUCAGAUAAACCAGGAAUUACCCCAUACAGGAUUGUCCUUGGUAAUGUGAAAGAAAAGAUGAUGAAGACACGGAGACGGCUUGAGCAUCUUCUUGAGGAUCUACCAUGUGACUCUGAUCCUGCAGAAUAUUAUGAAACACCGGAUCAACUUCUAGAGCCGUUGCUCUUGUGCUACGACUCACUGCAAUCAUGUGGAUCUAGCAUUCUUGCCGAUGGCCGGCUAGCCGAUCUUAUACGAAGGGUUGCAACCUUUGGUAUGGUGCUAAUGAAGCUCGACGUCCGCCAGGAAUCGGGCCGGCACACAGAAGCACUUGACGCCAUUACGUCUUACUUGGAUCUUGGCGUUUAUAGUGAGUGGGAUGAGGAAAAGAAGCUGGAUUUCUUGACUAGAGAGCUGAAAGGGAAGCGCCCUCUAGUUCCCCCAUACAUAGAGGUUAAUGCUGAUGUGAAAGAAGUUCUCGACACCUUCCGCGUUGCUGCAGAACUCGGGAGCGACUCGCUUGGAGCAUAUGUGAUUUCAAUGGCCUCCAAUGCCAGUGAUGUCCUCGCUGUCGAGUUGUUGCAGAAGGACGCAAGGCUAACAGUUAGUGGGGAUCUCGGAAGGGAAUGUCCCGGUGGAACGUUAAGAGUUGUUCCCUUGUUCGAGACGGUGAAGGAUCUUCGAGAAGCCGGUUCCGCGAUCUGGAAGUUGCUGGCCAUUGACUGGUACAGGGAGCAUAUCAUCAAGAACCACAACGGCCACCAAGAGGUCAUGGUGGGCUACUCUGAUUCUGGCAAGGACGCCGGCCGUUUCACGGCGGCGUGGGAGCUGUACAAGGCGCAGGAGGACGUGGUGGCGGCGUGCAACGAGCACGGCAUCAAGGUGACGCUCUUCCACGGCCGCGGCGGGAGCAUCGGGCGCGGCGGUGGGCCGACAUACCUGGCCAUCCAGUCCCAGCCCCCCGGCUCGGUGAUGGGGACGCUGCGGUCGACGGAGCAGGGCGAGAUGGUGCAGGCCAAGUUCGGGCUGCCGCAGACGGCGGUGCGGCAGCUGGAGAUCUACACGACGGCGGUGCUGCUGGCCACCCUGCGGCCACCGCAGCCGCCGCGGGACCCGAACUGGCGGCACGUCAUGGAGGAGAUCUCCCGCGCAAGCUGCGCGCACUACCGGCGCACCGUGUACGAGGACCCGGCCUUCGUCACCUACUUCCAGGAGGCGACGCCGCAGGCGGAGCUGGGCUACCUCAACAUCGGCAGCCGCCCGGCAAAGCGCAAGGCGGCGAUCACGGCCGCCGGCGGCAUCGCCAGCCUGCGCGCCAUCCCGUGGGUGUUCGCGUGGACGCAGACGCGGCUGGCGCUGCCGGCGUGGCUGGGCGUCGGCACGGGGCUCCAGGACGCGCGCGACAAGGGCCGCACCGAGGACCUCCGGGCCAUGUACGAGGAGUGGCCCUUCUUCCAGUCCACGCUCGACCUCAUCGAGAUGGUGGUGGCCAAGGCCGACGCGCCCAUGGCCAAGCACUACGACGACGUGCUGGUGCUGUCGCCGGAGCGGCGCGCGCUCGGGGAGGAGCUGCGGCGGGAGCUGGCCAGGGCGGGGAGCUGCGUGCUGGCCGUCAGCGGGCACACCAAGCUGUCGGCCAACAACCGGAGCCUGCGGCGGCUGAUCGAGAGCCGGCUGCCGUACCUCAACCCCAUGAACAUGCUGCAGGUGGAGGUGCUGCGCCGGCUGCGCCGAGACGACGACAACCACAAGCUCCGCGACGUGCUGCUCAUCACCAUCAACGGCAUCGCCGCAGGGAUGCGCAACACCGGCUAGCUCAUCCAUCCCCGUACGUGGAGACCUCUCCUUUUUGGUACAUGCAGGAAUCAAACUCUGUACCUUGCUUGUAGGAAUCUACACUAGUACUAUUUAUAUGAACACAAAAUCUUGCAUGUAUAGGCGGUCGUUGCCUCGAAUGUGUUGUCAAAAUACAGUGCAUUUGUAAAGCCAUAUACUACUUUGUAAACUUUGAUCAAGUAUAU